AUUAUUGCAGCAUUUUUUUUUGCCACAAUCGAACGGUCUUUCAAAAAGCCCCGCCCACCGACUCGAUGCGUUCUGCCAUUGUUUAUUCGGGUCUGGCUGCUUUAAAAACACCUAUUACACGAUAGCCGUAUCUUCUGUGCUCAUCCCGCUGUCGCAAUCCCGAACAAGAGACGCUUCUCAGAUCUCUCCCGGACCUCACGAUGGACAGAUAAACGCGAAGCCGCGCUCGAUCCCCAAAGCCAGCAGAGCUGUCAGCCACCGAAAGAGAUGCUUUCCUGCCGUGGGUCGGUCCUCGCGUCGCUCCGGCUGUGUUUGUUGUUGUUGCCGUCUUUUACCGACGGCAGAAGUUUGAAAUGCUCGCCGGGGAAAGUGUGCUCGGAUCGACCGCCUGUGGUUCUCAUUCCAGGAGAUCUUGGGAAUCAGCUUGAAGCAAAACUUGACAAACCUAGUGUAGUGCACUACAUCUGCUACAAGAAGACAGAAGACUACUUCACGUUAUGGCUCAACCUGGAGCUGCUGGUGCCGGUGGCCAUUGACUGCUGGAUUGAUAACAUGAGGCUACUUUACAAUCACUCAACCCACCUCACUGAAGCUCCUCCGGGGGUGGACGUCAGAGUGCCUGGUUUUGGACAGACAUAUAGUUUGGAAUAUCUAGACCCUAGCAAACGGAGUGUGGGCAUGUACUUCUUCACUAUAGUACAGGCAUUGGUUGACUGGGGUUAUACCAGAGACGAUGACGUUCGAGGUGCCCCCUAUGACUGGCGUAAAGCACCAAAUGAGAAUAAGGAGUACUUCUUGCGUCUGCAGCAGAUGAUUGAGGAGAUGGCUGAUAAAGCUGGUGGUCCUGUGGUUCUCAUCGCACACAGCAUGGGGAAUAUGUACACACUGUAUUUCCUUAAUCACCAGCCACAGGCUUGGAAGGACCGGUACAUCAAGGCAUUUGUGUCUUUAGGGCCUCCGUGGGCCGGAGUGGCCAAAACUCUGAGAGUUAUGGCAACAGGCGACAACAACCGCAUUCCUGUCAUCAGUCCUCUAAAAAUCCGCACCCAGCAGCGAACGGCCGUCUCCACCGUCUGGCUCUUCCCCUACGCCCACACCUGGCCCAAAGACAUGAUCCUGGUUUCUACCCCCAACACCACCUACACCGUCCAAGACUACCAGCGCUUCUUCAAAGAUAUUGACUACGAGGACGGCUGGGCCAUGAGGAAGGACACAGAGCCACUGGUCAGUGCACUUCAGCCUCCAGGCGUUCCUGUCCACUGCCUUUAUGGCAGCGGCAUCCCCACACCUCAGGGAUUCAAUUACACGAACUUCCCAGACAUAGAUCCCACCGUCAUCAACGGGGAUGGAGACGGAACGGUCAACCUGUUGAGCGCGACACAAUGCAAACGCUGGAAAGGCCAACAGAAGCAGCCGGUCAGCAUGUUGGAGCUGCCUGGGAACGAGCAUGUCGCCAUGCUGCUGAACAUAACCACGGUUAACUAUAUCAAAAACGUGCUGUUUUCACCGUGACGGCAUCACACUUCCCCUCUUUAACUUCGAACCGAAGAUUCUGGUUUGCCAAAGGGGCAGGACUCGGUUCUGCUUUUGGGCGGAAUGGGUCACUUCUAGAGGAUGUACAUUUAUCUAAAAUACUUUUCAAAGUUCCCUAAUUGUGGAAUUCAGGUUUAUCAGGAGAUCAAUGUAAAAUAGUCUAUUGUUGGGCACAAUCAACGUUUAUAGUUUUUUUUUUUUUACUGCUUAAUUCAGAUCGAAUUAUUUAAUAUGACCUAGAAUUUAAUGUUCAGAUUACAGUUGAUUAAUGUGAAGUAGCAAUUGCCUGCCGUUAAACAUUGUCAAUUACAUUUUUAAAUAUUGUCCGUUUUUAACCUCUAACCUCCUACUUCUUGAAAUCUUUUAUUUUAUCUAGUGCUUUUUUUUUUUAAUGCAUUUUCUAUCCAAAUUGUACUGACGUUGCAGUAUUUAUGUUGAACAAGCCAAUGGCUAUUUAUCUGGCUAUCUGUGACGGGUAUUGAUUUAUGUAUUUUUAUCAAGAGAUCGCGAAUGUAGUGCAAUACGACUGCUGGAUAUCGCAUUGUUGCUUAAUAUGUCAGCUUAACCUCUGUGACUGCAAGUGUGCCAUGACCCUCGAAGGGUUAACGGAUUUGUUACACGUGUACAAGCUGUUUUGUAUUUUAUUUUUUACGUGUACUGACCUCUGGAAUAUCAUGAAUAAUUAUUUGUGAAGUGACUUAUUUCUUGCCUUUACAAUUGGAGUUGUAAAAUUAAGCUAAAAACAAAGACUUUUUGUGGAAAGUGAAACCAGGUCUCAGUUUCAGGAUGUGGCGUGUUCCUCAUAAAAUGGUUAGAUGGUAAAAAUGCAAUGCGUUUUUCAGCGGAAUGCAAACCUAGGGUCGCACACAUGCCCUAAGUUAGUGAAAAAAAAAUCACCAUGUUGCGAUUAUGUACAAUAAAAUGCUCUUUACCAAA